AUGGUGUACAUGCCUGACGACUUGUUCGAAGACAUGUCGGUUCUCACACUUAUAUUCACUUCGAAGCAUUCCUUCCAAUGGUCUUUUGAUGGUCUCUCGAGCCUCAAGUCGCUGACUCUGGCCGGUUUCCUGCUUCUCGAAGAGCUCCACCUUGCAUCACUCGAGAACCUUCAGUCGUUCACCGUGUCUGAUCGUGGCGCAUGGGUUCCUGGGAGACUGCGAUCUGAGUGA